UGCCAGCGCAGGGCAGCCUGGCCUAUGCCAGCCCCAGCCCCCCAGGCAGACUUGCCUCUGAACCCUGACACCCCAAUUCUGUGCCAGCUGAGCCCCACUGAGCCACAGCCUCUCCCCUCACUACCAUCUUGGCUUCUCAAGUGGAAAACAGCAAGAUGAAACUCCAAGUGCUCAUCAAGCACUUUGAUUUAGGCCCAAGGGAUGCUCCCAGAAAGCACACACUCAGCAAGGGUCAGCAGAGGAGAAACCUGGGGCUCAGCUAUCCAUUCUUUUUUUACCCCCACAAUAUACAGAAGGCAGAUUGGCUUCAAGGAGAAAACAUUUCCAGGACAUGGGUGGGUGAUGCUCCCCACAGCAAUCACACUGUAGUUCCCACCUGGUUCUGGGAGCCAGCACUCAGGUUUGGCUUUUAUAGUGAAAUGUUGGGAUGUUCAAGUUAAUUUAGCCCCAUCAGACAGACCUUUAAAUAUAUUAACUCACUUGCUAAAACUGUUAGCAAGUAGAUGCUUUGUUUCCAGAAGCACUGGCACCAUCAGGCCUGCUGACCCAGAGGGGUCUGUGGACACUGCCUGCCCCCCUGGAUCUGACCCUGUGAACCAGAGCACCCAGGAGAUCCAGCCCAGGUUAACCCCUUUACAGUUCUAUUUGAAUCACGUCUUUCCUUUAGCAAAUGAAUUAGGUUUAUAUUGUUAAAAUACUGCUGGUUUAAAAUAGCAUCAGAUAUAUAGGUAUUUUUAGUGUUUUAAAAUGCUUCCUGCUUUUUUUUGCAGUUCAGUCGCCCAGUUUGCACAAACCACUGCCAAGCCAGAGUGCCUGCAGCUUGCACGUCAGCCCAAAAUCUGGCCCCAGGCCCAUGCCAGCUUUUCACCAGCUGGGGACAAACAAGGGAGCUGCUGUUACCCUUCAGCUCACAGGGCACCUGUGCAAGGCAGAUGCAGCCUGGGCAGGAGGCUGCUACCUGGGGUUGAGCAAAAGAGACCCAAAUCAUGCUUUGACCAGCACAGAACCUCUCGUGGACUUGGGAAAUGCUGCUUCAUUCUCUCCACCUAUCCAAGCUCUCAUCAGCAGCACUACGGGGAAAAGCUGACAUGGGCCAGCCGGGACCCAGCAGCCUCCGUGUGUCAGCCAAAGGCAAGCAGGGGCUUCGAGCCACCGCACUCGCCUCUAUCCCUAAUGGUCCAGAGAGAUACGUGCAUCCCGGCCCUCGGGCAGCUCUGGAGCCACCUGCACGGACUAUUUCUGACAGAUGUCACACCCUCACCUACACCAGACACCGAGCGGUGUGGGCGGCCUUGCGGCGGGGACACCUGAGGCGUCGAGGCGUCCACAAGCCCCGGCCGCGGCUCCCACCGCAGCCCCGGCCCCGCGCGGCCUCGGCAGGCCUGGGGCGGGCCCGGACAACCAGCAGGCACCGGAGGGAAGCGCCGCCGGCCAUUCCAGGGGCUGUUGGGAUUUACUUUCGCCUUCCCGUUUCCCCGCCCGCAGCGGGUGCCGAGCGGCGCCGCGCCGGGGCGGAAGUGUCGGGCCGAGGCCGGCGCUGAGGAGGGUGCUGAAGAUGGCAGGCAGCUCCCCUCCUUGGACUGGCAGCGCUUACCUCUUCCUUCAGUCUACCUGCAAGACCAUCGCUCUGCCGUCCCUCUACGAGAGCUCCCAGAAGAAGCCUUGUGUGUUCAAGGCCCUGAAGCUGGCAUUAGCAGACUCCACUGGCAGCGUGAAUGGUGUGGACAUGCUCAAGGUGCACUGCAGCCACCCACACCUGAUAGUCCAGCUCAGGUUCUGCAAGGAGGAGAACUGCCGCCGCUUCCUGCAGAGCUACCGCGAAGGAGCGCUCCAGAAGUCCCUCCAGAGUCACCUCCAGCUCUGCUUGGCCACAACCAUGGUGCCUCUGGAACUGGAGCUGAAGGCUGGCAGUGAGCACCUUGACAAGAUGCUGAAGGAUGAGGAUCGUUGCCUGGAGUGCAUCUUCAGAGAAAAGCCUGACCGCCUGCCGGAUGAGGAGAUCAUGGAGCUGGAGGAACGCCUCAAGAGCCUGAAGCUUCACCAGAGCACCAACAACAAUGUGGCUGGAAAAGACUGCUCAUCUCUGAAGUCCCCAUCUCAGCCUUAUCCUCCUCAAGGCAGCUCCCUUCCCAUACAACUCACCUUCAUCUUUCAGGGACAGCAGUUUGACAACAGAGCAAUCACACCCGACGACCACCAGAAGUUUGCCAAGUCCGUGUCCAAGAAGUGGAAGCAGGUGGGUCGCUCUCUGCAGAAAUCCUGCCGGGCCCUGCGUGACCCUGUCAUUGACAACCUGGCGCUGGAGUACGACCGAGAGGGACUCUAUGAACAAGCCUACCAGAUGCUCCUCAGGUUCAUCCAGUCCGAGGGCAAGAAGGCCACCAUAGCGCGGCUGAUCGCAGCCCUGGAGGAAAACGGGCUCGUCAGCUUGGCUGAGGAGCUCUUGGGCCUCCAUUCCACUGAGGACUGCUCCUAGAGCCCAAAGGACAGUGCCACUGCUAAGGGCUCUCCUGCUUUAGCUACUGUAUGAAACUGCUGCCAGUGUCUGGGAAUGUAAAGUCCUGAAUAUCACCACAGAUUUCCAUCUAGGUGAAAAUGCUCAGGGGAGAGGUUCUGUGUUUGCAGAAGCCAGCAUGGACCUCUGACUUUCCUUAUUUCAUUGUGUUUCCAGAAAUAUAGCACUACCUUCCUGUGACCUGGUGAGAGGCUUUCACCCUGAUUUCCUUCAGGACUGUGACAGGGAAGCCGCCAGACAGAGAGCCCUAGGGGAGAAUGAGGGAGAGGAGAAAAGCAAGCAAGGCUUCUCAUAGAAGCAGAAACUGCCACUGCUUCUCAGGCUGUGUCCAGGGCCAUCACCUGGAGAGCUGCAAUAUAUUUCUACAUGGAAGACAUUUUUGCUCUUAGCCAUGACAUCAAUUAAAGAAAAAUGAGAAAGUAAGGAAAAGUCAAUUUUACAUUAUUUUCCUUCUUUCUUUGAAGAACAAAGAACAUUCAUGGCAAGAGUAUCUGUUCUGCCCUGCUCUGUCAUAGCUCCUUCCCACUUCUCACCACCUGAAGGCUUUCCCACUACCUGGGACAGCCGCAGUCUUCCACAGGGCAAAAGAUUGCUGCUGUACAACAAAUGGCAGACACUGAACAAACAAUAUGGACAAACUCAAAUUCAGGCAAUGAUUGUCAACUUUUUCUCAUCUGUGGUAGACAGUAAUAUGUUGAUUAGCUCUUGCCUGCCAGCCUGAGGGAGCCUGCAGCUAUAGAAAGCAAAACACAACGCUGGAAGUCUCCUCAUCAGCAAGUUACCUGUGGAGCACGGUUUGGAACUGCUGCCCUCAGGGCAUUGCAGCAUCAAAUGCCAUCCUCAGACCACAGAGCUGAGCAAUCACCAGACUCAGCUGGCUGCUCCUGCCUUCACUCACUUCCUAACCACCCUCAGGCUGGAGGGGACAGCUCACCCAGCUGUGUCCCACAGGUGCCAGGACCUACAGAGAGCCUUUCCCUGGCACUGCUGUCACUGUGUGACAAUCAAACAUCAGCUGAAACCAUGCCUGGAUUUAUCUGCACUGAUUUUUAGGGUAAAAAUGGUUUACAAGAGAAAUCUCCCAAACCCCAGGGCUGACUCCUGCUUUCAGUUCUCGUUUCAGGUGUGAGUGAAUCUGUUUCCAUCUUGUCCCUUGCUUCCAAGGAAGCAGGACUUCAUGCAGGCACCAUCUCUGCAAAGACUGUGGCUCCAUCACCUUUUACAAAGCCAUUCUAUAUCAGUGCCAUUGCAGUUUUAUCUCCUCCAUUCCUGCUCCAUAUCCUACACUCUCCCUUCCAAUAGUACCAGUGCUCUUCCCAAAAUGAAGCGAUUACCUCUCUGACAGUUUAGCUUUUGGGACUGACACAGUAGUGCUGAUCUUAGCUAAUUUAGGCUGCUGUGGAACCAUACCUCAAAGUAUAUAGCUUUCCUUCCAAAUCCCAGCUGGGGAACUCUCUUUGCCAGAAACCCACCUGACAAAUCAUAUUUUAAAAAAUUUAAAAAUCAGAAAUUUGAAAAUUACUUUAGGAGCAAGAGAGUUUGGUCUUCAUUUUGCAGAAUUUACUUUUUUAAGAAAACAAGGUCAUAUGCAUAGCCUGCUGUCCCAUUUGCAAUUAAUUUUUCUAAGCUCUCAGACCAGCUAUAUGUUCACAACUUGCACAUAUAGUUAUAAGGCAGCCACUGAGUAGUGAGAAUUACUAGUUUUUGUAGCAUCUGUUAAUGCUCAAAAUGCUAAAGUCUCAUUAUUCAGCAUCUACUUCAAGUCCAGAAAACUUUUUUACUGCUCUUACUCUUUUACAGAAGACUAACCAUGAAAGCUUUCUUCGGAAUAUAAACGUUUUCUUUCUGCCAGUAACUGGCAUGUGUAUUUCCUCUUACUCACAUAUUCCCUGUUAGAAUUCUCUGUCAGAAGUGCCAUUAAGUGCUGGAGCCCCUGGCAACCUUUCUGGAAUGUCAUAAUCUCCAACAGCAUUCACAGGUGCCUUCAUUGCAGAGGCUUGAAGGAAAACGGUUUUUCAGUGAUACUCCAUGGUGAAAUUGUCUCAAGCACAUGGCAUGGUUUAGGACAUAGCAGUGGCUGUUUCAUACCUCUACAUAAGCCAUGGACAGUGCUGCUGCUGGAGAAAUUUGCCUUAUCCCAGUAAGUACUCUUCUCUAUAUACUGAGAUAUAUCUGUGAAAAAGAAAAAAUCAGGGGUGAUGGUAGUGUUUCAGAAUCAAUAUUAAAAGCAAAUCAAGGUGCUAACCAGUUGCAUAUAAAAUCUGAAACAGAAAACCCAUAAAACUAACAGCAGAAAUCAGACCAAAAUGUGCUUACAGGAAGAGAUCCAAGAUGGCUUUUUUUCUGGUACAGAUUGUUUUUGUAGUUUUAACCAUGUUUCAGAUUUGAAGGAGUCUCCAUUCAGUCUGCCAGAAUGAAUAAAAGAUCCAUCCAAAGGAGAAUUUGAAUUAUUUGUUUUGGCAUAGCUGACCUACAGUGUUCAAACAGAUGAUAACGAAAAGGAGAGUGAAAUUGAAAUGCUCACCAGCUAUACUUUGACAUGAGAUAUCUGAUAGAAGCAAACCUGACAGGAUACCCUGUUACAAGAGCGUCUCAAAUGAAAAGAUCUGUUUAUUUUGCCAUUCGUUUCAAAGGCAGGUUCAGCAUUGAGGAGCUGUCCUGCUGUCUGGGUCACUGUCUUCCCUCUGCUGUUCCCAAGGGACCAUACCCUGACAGCUGCUCACAGACUCUGAAACCAGGAGUGAGCAUGGGCAGAAUGAGGAGCUCAAAUUCACCUUAACUAAUGAUUUAGUUAAACUGAAAAUUCUGGUGAACCUCUGGUAUCUGUUGUCCUUAAACCAAGGAGGUAGAAGAAGAGGAAUCAAGAGGGUUUCUGAGUCUGACCCACAUAUUGGAGUGUGUGCAUGACACUGGUGCUUUACACUGGACAGGGCUCUGGCCAUGUGUCUUUUUUAUCGAGAUGGACUCAAACAGUGAAGCAAUUUAAGGCCUAGAGUCAAUAAAUGUGUAUUUUUUUAUUCUCUGGAUUGAAUUUUAAACCUACUGAAGGGAGCUGACUGUACAUCUCUAAUAGAAAUCUGUUUGAGAUGUGUGGUUAAUGUCUCUUAGUUUUCAGUGGUUAGCAAGGAAAAAAUUCCUUGCUGACCAUUAAUUCCAGAUUCCCAUGAUACUCAACAUCAGAUCUGGUUCAGCCAUCUACAGCUGUGGACUGCAAUGCCAGGCAUACUGGGGUCUAGGACAUUCAGCCUCCAAGGAAUUGUCUUACAGAAAAAGUUCUUUGGUAUAUAUUUUUUCCCCAUUCUUUUUUUAGAAAUAAAUAUAUACUUUUGAUGAAAA